GCCGCCGCCCGUUGAGAAGCCAAAGCCGGAGAAACCGGUCUCGGAGGCCCCUUCCGCCAGCAUCGUCCAAAAUGAGGAGGAUAGAAAACUUGCCUUAGAGCUGGCAGCAAAGCAGGCCGAUCUGCUGAGUGAAGAGAUGCUGAUCAGAGAGGCCGAAGAGGAAGCAGCCAAGGAACGGGAAAUCGAAGAGGCUGCCAAGGCCGCCGCUGCGCUAGCGCAGAAGCAGAGACUUCAGGCGGCCACCACUGGGGGCAACCCCUUCAGCACGGGCGGUCGCAUGUUUCAGCCGGGUGUCUUUCUGUGUGACGAGAGAUCGGGCUACAAACCCAUGAUGGGUGGGAUGCCCUACAUGCCACCGACGGACUGGCUACCACCUGGGAUGUCGCUGCCCGCAGGUUUUCAAGCGAGUCAGCCGCAGUUUCGACAACUGCAUCCGGCCGCUCUCUGGGGGCAGGAGUUUGCCAGAAUGGCAAUGAAAGCGCCCCCCUACAUGCCAUCGACCUACGCAGCGGAUCCCCCACAGCGGCAGCCCGUGCCGAUUCCGCCCCGCGAUUUCAGAUCGGAGCGAUCACACGAGCGGCAUGGGCAAUGGGAAGGCUCCAACGGCUACGACUAUGGCGAGUGGGGCGACUGGCAAAAAGGUGCCGGUGGCGAAAAGGGAUGGCCUCAGGGAGGCAAAGGAGGCGGUUGGGGUGGUGGCUAUGGAAAGUUUGGAGGUGGCUAUGGGCCUGACUACAACUAUCAGCAAGGCACCCGACCUGCGCUUUUGGAAUCGUCCACGGCUUGCGGCUCCUUGGAAGGGCGGCUGCCGUGUCAUGCUGUCCCGGCCAUUCUGCUAUGCAAGGGCAUCAGGCUCUCCGAAAAACAUUUCCAAGCCGCGGAGGAAGUGUGUCGGGACUGGGCGGCCGUGAAUGAUGGCAAGGACUUCGCAACCACUUCUGGUGACGGUCGAGGAAGUGACGGUCAUCUUUCCCUUGGAGGUGGAGUGUCGGACGCCAUGCCCUUCCUCCUGCGAGACACGCCUCACCUCUGUGUGCUCUGGAAACCGCCUGGCUGGACGGUUUCUGUUUCACACAGCAGCAUGGCCGAAGCUCAUGCCGCUGAUGUACCAGGUGUGCAAGGUGGCCGUGCUCCAAGGCUGCAGGAUGGGCACCACAGCUGGUUACUUUCAAACAUUUUCCCUUGGAACUACUCGGAGAUCCCGACUGACGGAGUGAAACCACUCUCUAGAAGCAUUUUUUUCAGUUAA